GUGAAAACGGAGUGUACCGUUCCGUUAAUAUCCCGUUCUCUGUCCCACGCUUCAAUUCUUUUAGGCCCAAUUUUGUUUCUCGAACAAGGCUCGCUCUCUCGUACUUUCCCUUCUUCGCUUAUUCGAUUCUCGCUCUUUACCUUUCAUCAUCGGUAAGCCUUAUCAAUCUUUUUCUCUUUUCUUCUUCGCCUCUUCCUAUUUUUCUAGGGUUUCCAUUCCAAUCCCCUCUUUUCUUUCUUCUUUCAUCUCCCAUCGCCAUCGGAUCUCACGCCUUCUUCAAUUUUGAAAUCUCGUCGAUUCCUUGUGUGUUGUUGGGUUUAGGGUUCUAUAAAACACGAAUUUACGAAAAGUUGUUGCAAAGGGGGGAUUAGGGUUUUCCCUUUGAAUUCACGAAUUUAGGUAGCUUGAGAUAUAUGGCUGCUGGGAGACAUGGCGGUUACCGCGAAAACGAGUUCAGAGAGCGCGAAUCCAAAUUGGAAGUGUCUAGACGCGGAUUCGCGAACUCCAAGGAAGAUUAUGAUCGUGUUAGGAAUGGUGGCGGUGACGCUGUGAGAGGUGGGUCAAGGGAUAGGGUUAGGGUGAGGCAGAGGGAUAUUAAGGAGAGGGAAGGUGUUAAUGGUGGUUACCGUUCCUCUUCCAGUCGGAGUGACUCUGGCAGCAGUGGCCUCGGUCCUCGCCGGUGUGAUUUCUCUGUCAAGACCAUGGAUAGAGAGCCUGGUGAGCUUUCCAGUGAGAGUGGUUCUGAUGAUGCUAUUGAAUCAGAGUUGGGGGUGAAAGAUUCAGAGGUUGCCAUCUUGGAAGAGAACAAGGCUCCAUCACCUCCGGUGCCAGAGAGGAAGAGGAAAUUUUCGCCCAUAGUGUGGGAUCAGGAUGACAAGGAAGUCAACGAGUCAUCCAAAGUUAGGGUUUCUGCCUCGGCGGUGGCGGCUCUUCCUCCUCCACCGCCGUUGCCGAAGGUGUUCCGCCAGUCGCAGUCUCCGAAUACUCCGUAUGGUGGAGUUGAGAUAAAUCCUGUUAAGAACAGGCACACUGAGGAUGUUCAGUUGAAUGCAGCAUCAAAGGUUGUCUUGCCCUCUCCUUCAGUUUUGCAUUCCUCGCCGCAGAGAGGGAGCUGGGGCAAUGAUCAGGAAGCCGAGCAUCCAGAAGGUGAAGAUUAUGUUCCAACUCGCAAUAUAUCCUCUUCUAGAUGGGCAGCUGGGGAUAACUCUCCUGGUGAUGAGGGCGAAAUCCUCAAUGAUGAGGAAAUGCCCAAAAGGAGGAGGAGGGUGUCUCCUGAAGUAUUGGAUAGAAGAGUAAGGAACAAGCUAUUGAGCCCUCAAGAAUCAAAGAUAGAAGGUAUGGAAGGAGCUAGAGCCAGGUCAUCGGAAUCUGAAGAAAGAGGUGUUCGAGGGAGAACAUCCAGUGGCGAUGAUCAUCCUGGUGUUGAGUCAGAGAAGGAUGACUACAUGGAGAUGGAUGCUCAAGGUGGCAAAAGUGAAACCAGUGUUAGUCACUCAGACACGGAUUCUGAAGAUGAAGAUGAUGGCCGGGAGACUCCAGAACCACCAGCUCCACCACAAAGAACAGUCAACAUGCUUCAGGGUUGUAGAAGUGUUGAUGAGUUUGAGAGACUUAACAAGAUAGAUGAAGGAACAUAUGGUGUUGUAUAUAGGGCUAGGGAUAAAAAAACUGGAGAAAUUGUAGCAUUGAAGAAGGUCAAGAUGGAGAAGGAAAAAGAGGGUUUCCCAUUGACUUCUCUUAGGGAAAUAAAUAUUCUUCUUUCUUUUCACCACCCAUCCAUAGUUGAUGUCAAGGAAGUAGUAGUAGGAAGUAGCCUUGAUAGCAUUUUCAUGGUCAUGGAAUAUAUGGAACAUGACCUUAAAGGACUAAUGGAGGCAAUGAAGCAACCUUUUAGCCAGAGUGAAGUGAAGUGCUUGAUGAUCCAGCUUUUAGAAGGUGUGAAGUAUCUUCAUGACAAUUGGGUGCUUCAUAGAGAUUUAAAGACUUCAAACCUGCUUCUAAAUAACAGGGGUGAGCUCAAAAUUUGUGAUUUUGGCUUGGCUCGUCAGUAUGGGAGCCCUUUAAAACCAUAUACACACCUGGUGGUUACUCUGUGGUACAGGGCACCUGAACUUCUUCUAGGGUCAAAACAGUAUUCAACAGCCAUUGACAUGUGGUCUUUAGGUUGUAUAAUGGCUGAACUAUUAUCUAAGGAACCACUGUUUAAUGGUAAAACGGAAUUUGAUCAACUUGACAAGAUUUUCCGGAUUCUUGGCACACCAAAUGAAACAAUUUGGCCUGGCUUCUCAAAAUUACCUGGUGUCAAGGUCAAUUUUGUCAAACACCAGUUUAACCUCCUGCGUAAAAAAUUUCCUGCCACGUCAUUCACUGGAUCUCCUGUCCUUUCUGAUUCUGGAUUUGAUUUGCUGAACAAGCUUCUAACUUAUGACCCUGAAAAGCGAAUCACUGCUGAGGCUGCUCUCAAUCAUGAGUGGUUUCGUGAAGUUCCUCUUCCCAAGAGUAAAGAAUUCAUGCCUACAUUUCCUGCUCAACAUGCUCAGGACAGGCGUGUGCGGAGAAUAUACAAGAGUCCAGAUCCUCUAGAGGAGCAGCGCAGGAAGGAGUUACAGCAGGGUGAAACAGGGACUGGUGGAAUUUUUGGCUGAGAAUGGUGCCUACCAAAGCUGUCUCAAUAAUCUUUUAACACACUCCAGUGAAUGUUUUAGUGUAUGAGGUGAGGGUAUGCACUGAAUGGAAGUUGGAAGCAUUGUUUGUUAGACGAUCACUCGUGCUGUUUUUUAGCAGGAACUUGUUGGUUAAGCGGAGGUGUAUUCUUUUUACCUUCUGGGAACAAGAUUUAUUUCAGGUUAACAUUCUUGAUGCUUGAUCAUUAUAUAGAAAUGCAUCUGGGACACGGCUUGCUGCUCAAGGUGUGGCAUUAUUGGCUUCUAAAAAUAGGAAUUGUCAGUGUCUACUGAAACUUUGUAACAUAUAUUUCCAUUGGCAUAUUGUAAACAAAUUUUAUCUGGUUUUGAGUAUUAAAGAACUAUGGAUUUUGUAGCAGCUAUAUCUUCUUUCUCUUUUAAUAUUCACAUUGUGUUUGCAAGAGACGGUUGGUGUGAAGUGGAAGAGGAUCUUCUGUGCAUCUUAUCAAAGAAAUUGAAUGACAUUAUGCAUUUAAAGUAUCAAAGCAAGCAGGUUGAGGAGGUUACCAGUAUAUCCUAAAGUAUAGAACUUCCAUUAAUUGUUCCUUCAGUCUCUCUAGAGCUGGGAGAUGGGUUUGCUAAGAGAUAUAAAGCAUCCACUUCUCAUUCAGCAUCUUUUACUGGAUGGGCGAUCUAGUAAGCAUAAGCUGUAUGCCUUUUUUUUUUUUUCCCCUUAUGUUUUCCUCUUGCUUUCUGUUGGUAGAAGGCAGGUUCUAACAUGAAAUAUAUUAGGUUUGCCGAGUGUAAGUGCGGGUUGGUGGGGUUGUAUUUAGGUUGCCAGUGUUCUACAUGUGAAUGUUCAAUCAUUUUUACUUGCUGUGAAGGUAGGAAUGUGAUUGUUGUAUGUGAUCACAUCUUUUUGUUAAAUGAGGACUAGACUAUGUCGGAGGAUUUUGGGAGAUGGUUAAAAUGGACUAGUUAAUAGUGUUUUAGGAUUUUGAAAGAUAGAUAAUUGAAUAUGGUCAAAAUGUAGAUAAAGAGUUUUACCAAGACUUGCUUCAUGCUGCUUUACUACGAAUGUGCAACAAACUUUUUCUACAAGAGCAGUACGGAAUCCAUGAAAGAAGAUACACCAGACCUAAAUGUCUUCUUGCACGGUGUGAAAGUGGGGGAGCCUUUACUUGAAUUUAAAGAUCGAUGCAACAUACAUGACGCAUGCAGAGGCGGUUUAUUACAUAUACACGUAUCGUAUUUUGUUUCGGCCUUUUUUUUUUUUUUUUUCUUUCCUAUUUACAUUUUAUCUUCUCUCUUUGCGAGGCGCCAUCAAUGAAGCAUUUUUCUCGACAAAAGUAGGAGGCUGGAAUCGGGUAGUUGAACAGUGCGAGCAAAACAAUUAGUGACCCUGUUGUAGUUAAACUUAUAUUUUGUUUAUUCAUUUUCAGAUGGACGUGUAGAUUUUUAAGUUUUUAUGUGGGAACGAGUACGAGGACGAUUGUCGUAGUGGGUCUAUAAUCCGAUAGCGAGGAUAUGAUGUCGAGCCAUAAGGUUAUACCACCUGAAUCAUCUGAAAGUGCAUAUUGGAUUUUA